UUGUUCUGAGGUUGGUAUGAAAAUUUGUAUUUAUUAAAAAGUUGGUAUCUCUGCUUGUAAACAUAACCACAAAACAUAACCUCUAUUACCGCUGGAAUUUUUUUAUUAAAAUUAAACUUAAAGCCUCAAUAUUGCUGAUAUGAAGUCACAAACCGAAUAUAGAUUAAAAUCUCCACCAGACGACGCAAUUUCGUCUGUGAAAUUUGGACCAAAUACAAACCAAUUUUUAUUAGUAAGUUCUUGGGAUGGUGUAGUAAGAUUAUACGAUGUAGCCGCUAAUAUCUUAAGGCAUAAAUACGGACAAGACUCUCCAGUGCUUGAUUGCUGCUUUACAGAUGCUGUUCACUCAUACAGUGGACACUUGGAUAAUACUCUUAAAACAUACGAUUUUAAUGUGAAUUCAGAAAGUUUAAUUGGAACCCAUAAUAAUGCAAUAAAAUGUGUAGAAUACUGCAGUGAUGUAAAUGGUAUUCUUACUGGUAGUUGGGAUCACCAUUUAAAAUUAUGGGAUCCUCGAACACCCAUGUGCAGUGGUAGUUACAAUCAGGGUGACAAAGUUUAUGCUAUGAGUGUAUGUGGUGAAAAAUUAGUGGUAGGAACAGCUGGCAGGAAAAUUUUGGUUUGGGACAUAAGAAAUAUGUCCUAUGCUUUACAAAAACGCGAAUCCUCAUUAAAAUAUCAAACUAGAGCAAUCAGAUGUUUUCCCAAUAAGCAAGGUUUUGUUUUAAGUAGUAUUGAAGGUAGGGUGGCUGUUGAGUAUUUGGAUACCAAUCCUGAUGUUCAGAAAAAGAAGUAUGCAUUUAAAUGUCAUAGGAUUAAGGAGGAUGGGACUGAAAAAAUAUAUCCUGUAAAUGCCAUAAGUUUUCACCCUGGACACAAUACUUUUGCGACUGGUGGAUCUGAUGGUUAUGUAAAUGUUUGGGAUGGAUUUAAUAAGAAAAGAUUGUGCCAGUUUCAUCAAUAUCCCACCUCAAUUACCUCUCUUAGUUUUAGUCAUAACGGUUCAGUAUUGGCAAUUGCAUGUUCCUAUUUCUUAGAAGAAGAUAAUCCCCCUAAUCCUUUACCAGAGGAUGCCAUUUACAUUAGAACCGUAACUGACCAAGAAACAAAACCCAAGCAUAGUAGUUCUUAAUUUAUAAUCCCAAUUUAGGUUUAAUGAAAAGUCAAAAAUUGCGUUAAAAUUUAUUUAAAUAUAGGCAGUAAAAGUUUGUUGUUUUUGUACUAAUUUUAUACAUGUAAUAAUUAAUUAAGUUAUAAAAACUAGAUUGUAUUUUACUCAGUGGACAAACUUUAUUAUAAAAGUUAGUGUAAAUGUAAUAAAAC